UUUAUUCUUCAAAAUACUUCACAUUUCCCCAUUUCCUUUUCUCUCUCCCCAAUUCUCCGGCGGAUCUUCUUCUCUUUCUCUCUCGUUUCUCUCUGCAAUUCCGAUCCCCAAGAUGAGCAAGGGACCCGGCCUUUUCUCCGACAUCGGCAAGAAAGCUAAAGAUCUUCUGACCAGGGACUACAUCUCCGAUCAGAAAUUCUCCGUCUCUACUUACAGCCAUGCUGGAGUGGUCCUUACCUCAACCGCAGUGAAGAAAGGGGGACUAUCAACUGGGGAUAUUGCAGCAUUGUAUAAGUACAGGAAUGUUACAUUUGAUGUUAAAGUUGAUACAGAAUCAAAUAUAUCUACCAUCGUCACUUUAAAUGAAAUUGUUCCAUCCACAAAGACUAUUGCAUCAGUCAAGAUCCCCGAUUUUAACUCUGGCAAGUUGGAGGUUCAAUAUUUCCACGAUCACGCAACCCUUGCAACUGCAGUUGCCUUGAAUCAAAACCCCUUUGUCGAUGUUUCAGCCACCAUUGGUACUCCAACCAUUGCCUUUGGUGCAGAAGCAGGCUACGACACAACUUCUGGUAACUUCACAAAGUACGCCGCUGGCAUUAGCGUGACGAAACCUGACUCAUCUGCAUCGAUAAUCUUAGGUGACAAGGGAGACUCAAUAAGAGCUUCCUACGUGCACUAUUUGGAUCAAUUCAAGAGGAGUGCUGCUGUGGGAGAGAUCACCCGAAAAUUCUCCACAAACGAGAACACUUUCACAGUAGGUGGGUCAUAUGCCGUUGAUCAGCUGACAGUGGUGAAGGGGAAACUGAACAAUAAUGGGAAGCUUGGGGCACUUCUACAACAUGAAAUUAUUCCGAAAUCUUUGUUGACGAUCUCGGGCGAGAUCGACACAAAGGCAUUGGACAGAGUUCCCAAGUUUGGUUUGUCUGUUGCCCUCAAGCCAUAAUUUAUUUCAAAGGUUUUCUUUGUGAAAGGGACUAAAAUUCUUGCGUUGCUCGUGAAAGAAGAGCACUCAAUAAGUAGUUCCACAGAUUCAUUUCUUUAGGUACUGUGGAUUGUUUGUUAUUUCAUUUAUCCCCCCCUCCCCCUCCCCCUCUAUUUUGUUUGUUCUUCCUUUUUAGGCUUUGGAGGAAUUUGGUUAUUUUGACAAUCUAUAUCCUUAUAUUGGAGAGAGUUAAUGAUUUUUGAUUGGUUGAAAAAUAUUCUAAAUUCUGAUUUCA